UGAAAAAGAAAAUAAAUAAAUACCACUAACCUGUACUUUAUUUUUAGUGUUAUCCCGCCCUGGAGUAAUCUGUGGCUUGUUGGUUCAAUUGUACUGACCAUGCUCCUUCAUAUUCUUAUCUUGUACGUGCGACCUCUGUCUAUUCUUUUUUCCGUGACGCCAUUGUCUUGGGCUGAGUGGAUUGUUGUUUUGUAUCUUUCAUUUCCUGUUAUUAUAAUUGACGAGAUACUGAAGUUCUUCUCAAGAAAUACAAGUGGAGCACGGUUCAAGUUCAGAGUGAGAAGAGCUGAUAUACUUCAAAGACAGAAUUACAUAAUAAAUGACAAGUGGAAUAUGUACCAAAUUUGGCGUGACAUUUCAGAACCAGUGGGAGGAGAAGGAUCAAGUCGAGCAGUGUCGAUGGCCCAUUGGACCAGUUUCUGCACUCCAUCUUCAUCCACUCCAUCAUCACUUGCAAUUGUUCCGUUACUUAUUGGGACGCAGUCGAGGAUCAGAAGAAAAAGAAAAGGGAAGAAGAGACGUCUUGAGAGCAGCAAAUUGAGCAAACAGAUCAUAUUUGCUGUAGUUGAUGUUGCUAUCGAAGCUGUGACCUUCUUCCCAUCAUCACUGUGAUCGGUUGUUGUUUCAUAUUCUGUUUUUUUUUUUUUGUUACUGUCCUAUUUAAGAAGACAGUAAAGUGUUACUUUGAUAGUCAGUAAAAUGUUAUUGUGAAAUA